GAGAUGAAAGGACGGUGCCCUGUGGACAAGACCCACAGGAACCAGUGCCGCGCCUGUCGGCUCGCCAAGUGCUUCCAGGCCAACAUGAACAAGGACGCAGUCCAGCACGAGCGCGGGCCGCGCAAGCCUAAGCUGCACGUGGGCGCGCUGGCGCUGCCCCCGCCGAUGGCGCACGCACACAAGCCGCACGCGCUCAAGCUGUCACCACCCUCGCCGUACACAACGCUGCCGCAGACUUUCAACUUCCAAGUAAGAACUUCGUGGAACGUACAUAUAUAG